AUGCGAUCAAAUAAACGCCCUCGCUCCGCGGGGAAUCAUGGGGUCUUCCGGGUCGUCUCCUUCUUCCCAGCUUCGUCGGAUCCCUCAGCAGAUGCCUCGUCUGGUAGAACGCAGGCUUCCUCAGGAAUGCCAUUGACGCCUUCAGAGCCCUCGCCGCCUACCUCCAAAAUCGCUAUUCCCCGGGUGUCGCAGCUUCGGUCCUACGGUAAUCAACGCGUCAAGCGAGCUUGUAUUGAAUGCCGCGAGCAGAAGACGAAAUGCAAUGGACAGAAUCCCUGUGGUCGCUGUACCAGCAUGGACCUGCAGUGCGUCUAUGUGGAUGGAAAGCGGGAGGUUACGGAGAAGCGCCUCCACGAUCUGGAGAGGCAGGUGCAGGCUUACGAUCGGCUUUUGAAGGAGCUCCAGCCGCGCGUGGAUAGUCAGGAUAAGGGCCUGAUUUCACGGACGCGAGCUCAGUUUGUUAGUUCAGAACCGGAUCUUCCCCUCCCAGAUCAUGCGACGCACUCUUCAACGCACUCGUUCGGAAUCGAGUAUAUCCAGGAGGAUUUCCACAAGGACAAAGGUUUACAAGCUAUUGGAUUCAUGGGUGGCCCGUCAGAGAUGUCAUGGAUCAACGAGUUGUAUCAGGUUCUAGAAAAAGAUACGCCCUUUUUGGACACCGAGGCGUCGAACAAAUCCCAGUCCUUAACAUCGGUCUGUUAUUUCCUUGACGAUGAGGAGCUGGUACUGGAUUCAAGCAUCGAUCCGUAUGGACGACCGCCCCGCCAUAUCGCCGAUAAGCUGCUGGACUGCUAUUUCUUUACUGUUCAUCCUUCGUUUCCGAUCAUCGCAAAGAUACCUUUUAUGCAGCAGUAUGAAAUGUACUAUACACGACUUGACAUCCAGCCGACUAAGCGCUGGCUCACAAUUCUGAAUUUAGUAUUUGCACUCGCUUCAAAGUUCGCGCAAUUAGUUUCAAAGCCAUGGGUGGCGGAGGCGGACAGUCCCAUGACCUGCUUUACAAGAGCGCGCAAGCUCAACUUCACCGAGAGUCAGCUUUUGGAACAUCCAAAUCUACAGCAAGUCCAGGUCGAAGGACUCACCGCAUUCUUUUUAAUGGCAAUCGGCCAUAUCAACCGCUCCUGGAGAGCCUGUGGCGUUUCGGUUCGCUCGGCCAUCGCCCUGGGCGUCAACCUGCGCAGCGAGAGCAAAGAAACAUCCAACUUAUCUAAAGAAAUUAGAUACCGGGUAUGGUGGUCAAUAUAUACUCUUGAAAAUACCCUCUCAAUCAUGACCGGUCGCCCGACAAGUGCGCCGGACAAAUACAGCACCACCCCACUGCCCAUCCCAUUCGACGAGGAGCAGUUCCGUGAACCAGUGGCUUCGCGUCUGCUAAUGGACUUUAGGGCGCGCACCGAUUACAUGCAGGGGUUGACGUCUCAGCGGCGCGUUAGUCCUGGAUGGGAUUCAUCCGCUCUAGGUCAUGGGGUUAUGGGGCAGGAGCCCCCGCCGACCCCGAUGGACAUUUCUCCCAGCAACUCAUUUUACUUCUUCUACUUCGUUGACUUAACCGUGAUUAUGCGCCGCGCGAUCGACUCACUAUAUAGUCCUGGAUUUGCGCGUCGUCCUUGGCUGACGAUUAGCGCGUCUAUUAUGGAUUUGGUCCAAGAAACCGACGAGUGGCUAAGCAGGGUUCCUUAUGUAUUCCACUUUAAGUUCCACCCCCAGUCAACAGAUUUCGAGCGACAACGCUGGAGUUUGGCUUUCCGGUUUUAUAGUUUGCGUAUAACUCUCAGUCGGCCGUCGCUGUGUCGCUCGGAACGACAACGGUCUCCUACUGAAGCCUCAGCGCUCAGUCAGCAGCGGAUAGCAAGCAUAUGCAUUGACUCGGCUUGCGAGCUACUAGAUCUGCUGCCUGAUAAGACGGAUGCGCUUUGGCUAGUCCAAGUGUCCCCAUGGUGGUGUGUGCUGCAUUAUCUCAUGCAGGCUAUUACCGUGCUGCUGAUCGAAAUGGAGUUCUGUGUUCGGUUCCACGCCGACGGAGCCUCCCAUAUCACGUUGCACUUGGAGAAGGGACUGGAGUGGCUGCGCAGCCUUGGGUCGAUCAGUGUACCAUCGCGCCGGUCGUGGGAGGUCUGCAAUAGCAUCUACAAUCGCCUAUUUUUCGGGCCAGGGCCCCGGCCAACCGCCCUUGCAGAUGUACACAUGUUCUCGCCUGAACGAGUCUCGCGCAGCUCCAGCGUAACUUCGACUACUGCAGUUUCGCCAAGCUUCGAGACAGAAUUUACGGAGGGCCCGGCCUUUGGUGAGCCGUAUAUGAAUCUCCCGCAAAACAUGACGGUCCACCCUGCCAUCCAAACGCCGUAUGAUGAGAUCCCUCUCUACAAGAACCCGAUUUAG